CUGACUCACAGAGAACAGAGGAAAUUAGCUGAGCAAAAACCUCUUGAAACAUCAGAACAGCUCAUUUAGUUACGUAUAGGUUUCCUGUGUAAACCGUGUAUACAUAUUGAAAUAAUUGAAUUAAGCUUUUCUGGAGACAUUUGAGAAGAAGAGAAAUAGAGACAUUAUGGGAGCAUCUUCCUCUGGCUUGUUGGAUGAGGCCAAAAUCAGCAACAUCAAAGGACUUGUUGACAGUACAUUCCAGAGCUUCAGUGUGUUUUACCGUCAGCAGUAUUCUGCAGCCUACUUCAGACAUUUACACCAGGAGGUGGAGCUUAAGAAAGAGGGGACUGGCCUAUUGCUCACACACAGGCCUCAGUAUGCUCCGGAGGAAGUGCUGUACCAAGGGAGUGUGAAGUUCUCCUGCUGGGAUGAGCAGGGAAAGAAAUGCAAAGAGAGAUACACAGUCCUGAGAAGAGUCUACAAAGUGGAGAUACAUGAAAACAUGGAGACUUUCAGUCGUGGAUGUGCAGCUAAGUUGAUCCUGGAGCCAGCAGGGGCCAGUGUGUUCACCACAGAGGAAGAGUCCAGAGCUCACCUGGAGCAAACUUGUGCUGGAAUACUCAAUGGAGUGAAGGAGGAUUCUUCUUCAGUGGUGUCAUCUCCAGAUGUGUUUGCUGUGUAUCUGCACCUGCCAUACAUGGGCCACACCUGCUUCCUGUUCCAACAGAAAGAAGAACGAGACCACUUCCAGUCUGCCAUCAAAACCUGCAUUAGACACAGCAACCUUGACCCCUGGUGUGAUUCAUCCUAUGAGAGCCAGGCGUACAUCCGAGCCUUCCGACUCUACCGACAGGACAAAGGAUGCUAUGAAUCCUGGGAAAUGCUGCUGGGCACUGAGGAACAAGUGCUGGCCUCCCAGGUGAUGGAGGAAGUGUUGCCAUGGUUACAGAGUCAGCUUCAGUCCAGAGUGAAGGGCAAGAAAACUGAAAGGAUACAACAGUGGUUGGCAACAGUACAGGCGACCUACACUUUGGUGCGAGAACAACUCACUGCAAGUCUGGAGGCUCUGAGGGAGGAGUGUCGUCAGACAGCAUCAGCCAAUCAGGCACUAAUCAGAUCCAACCUGGACCAGAUAAUGUACUCUCACUGCUUCCUGGAGGAGAAAGUCAGAGCAUGUAUAUGUGAAGAAGCAGAGAAAGUGUGCAGUGAGUCCGUAGCACCCUAUAUGUCCUCUAUCCUUGAAGCACUUACAGAAAACAUAAGUGCAGGUAUUCAGGGAAUGCAACACACACUGCACACACAGAUGGACUCAGCCUUCACACACACAAAUGGAGGAACAGAGGAGACAAAGAAGGCCUUGUCCACUCUGCGCUCCAUCAGUCUGGAUCAGUGCUACCGGCAGGUGGAGAACCUGACAGAGAAACUUGAAGGCUUAAAACAGCGGUUUGGAUUGAGCAGCACUCAGAGACUGGUUCACUCUGCACAUCUGGAGAUGGAGAAGCUGUUGGACAGUGCUGUGUACACCUUAGAGCUGUUCCUUCAAUCAUCAGCCAGACUGCAGCCUUCUCAGAUUCCUGUCAAGAUGGAAAGAGCUAAAGAAAGAGUCCUGAAGCAGUUGGACUAUGACAGCAGAGUUGUCCAGAGGAGGCUCUAUCAGGAAGCUUUACUGGAGAUCACGCUGCCUGCACUCACCAGGAGGAUGGACAGCAAGUGGAAAACUGAGCUGCAGCAGUUCGAGCAGUACAUUUUCUCAGACUACAGCAGUUUUAUCCUGGUUCAUAAUGUCUAUGAUGAUGUGCUGAGGAACAUCCCCAGUAAGGAGAUAGCGACAGUGGUCCAGGACGCUGCCAGUAAGAAGAGCAACAAUCUCUUAUUGGACACGUCCGAUCUGGGCAUCAGUCAGUACAGUCUGCUGGGGCAGACGCCUCCUCGCUCUGCACCAGGCAGCCCAGCCUGCCACCCUCGAGACUCCUCCUCAGCAGCACCCAGUGAAGAACCUGCUCCGCAGGUGGAGGAGGGAGGUCAGACAGCCACACCUGAUGUUUGCCUUCAGAUUGACCCAGACCUGAACACUGAUGCCAAGUCUGACUUCAGUACCACUCAAAGCUCUGAGCAGAGCACAGUGCACCUGUUUCCUGUGAUUGUCUUGACACAACAGUUUGAUGAGUCAUCGACCGAGGAGUCUUCUUGCUUCGAGGAAACCCGAGAAGUCCAGCUCAGAAUUGACACACCAUCGACUACAGCCACACCCGACUAUGAUGCAGCGGUUACACAUGAAGUUAGUACAGCUGAUGCACCUGCUAAUCCAGAAUCCAUUAAUCCCAUCCCAGACUGUCCUGACCUUUCAGUGUCCACUUUGUCCUUGCCGCAGUCCACAGAUGUUCCGGCUGAAUGUGCUCAAAGUGGUCAAUCUGAAAAUUCUACCACCACUGACCUCUCAACCUCAGAUCAAGUAACAGAAGAUGCAACUUCCCUCCAGCAUCCCUGCCCCUCAUCGUCACAUCCGCCUUGUACAGAUAGUCCAAUGAAAAUCAGCCUCGGGUCACUAAGCGAGGCGAUUGGUUUAAACUCCGCAACACCUUCUGUAAUGCAGACGACGGCACAGCAGACCACUGACAGAGCGGUCUACUUGACGGGAGAAAUAAAAGACAACUGGGAGGUGGAGAGGGUAAAAGAGGAGAAACAGAUAGAGGCAGCAGAGGAGAAAGAGGUACAUGAGAGAAUCAAAGAGGAGAAAGAAAAGAUGGGAACGGGAGAAGGGAAAGAAGAGAAGACAGAGGAGGAGAGAGGUGAAGAGAAAAUGGGAGGUGAACCUGCUGAUAAAGGCAGCCAAUCCUCAGAAUCUCCAGCAGAGAGAGCCCCCACUUCAACCACAGAGCAGAGGCAGAGUGGAGAGAAAGUAGAUGAUGAAGAGAAAGGUAGUGAGAUGGAGACUGAGAAAAGAAAAGAUGAGGAGGAAGCAGAGGAGAAAGGAGAUCAUGCAGAAAAAGAAGGAAAGAAUGAAAAAGAGGAGGCAGUUCUCCAAAGCCCUCAGCCAAUGGAAUCACAGCCAAAAAGUGCUGCUGAGCUGCCAUUGGACAGUGUGGCAAUCCUCAGAGAACUUGUGACUGAGAUCAUUGAAGUGGAGACCGUAGUCAGCCCCUGUCCCAACAGCAGCCAUACACCCUGACAAGCACGUUACCACGGCAACUGACUGUUGGGUCUCCCAGCCAGAACUACUUGACUAAUACCUAGUUCACAGUUUCUUAUAAAAUGGUAGAGAAUGAGGUGAAAGAGGAGAAGUGAGAGAUAGUCCAGAAAGGUUAAUCCAUUCCAUUAUUACUGCAUCAUAUUUUUUUAUACUACUACAUUUUGAAGAAUUUUGUUUUCACAUUCUGUAGUAAGCUUUUUUUUUUUUUAAAUGUAAAACUUGUCAAUGUUAUGGUCUAAAAGCUUCAUUAAUUGAUCUUUUGGCCAUUUGGCCAAAACUGACCUAUUAUCACAUUAUAAAGUUGUUAGUAUGUUGAAAUGAUCAAGGUGCUACCAAAGCGUCUCUUCACACAACCAGCAGAAAGAGAGCAACAUAAGUAUUCAUUUGGAGUCAUGUUUCUGGCCGCCCGACAAAUGUAAGUCAAUAUUCACUCUCCUUUAUCUCUGUUAUGAUUUUCAACAACUCUUGGGAAAUAUCUGGCUCUUCAGCUGCUAAAUGCUCCACUAUGUUCCCCAGCUAGCCGCUAACUUUGUAUGUCGCUCCUGCGAUGAUUUCAUGCGAUUCCACCGAUCGACAGUUAGAGGAAUAGCGUCGAUGUAGCAACGCGCCAACAAAGGCAGGGAAGAAGAAAAACGCGAGCUUGUAAACACUGGUGUAAACAAUGCAGGUUUCAAUAAAUUAUCAAACAUA